AUCGACAAAUUAUUAUAUUUGUUUUUGUUUUCAAUUUCAAACUAUUAUUUCAGUUUUAAUUAAAAAUACAUUAAAUACAUAAAUUUAUCAUUUUUUAGUUUUAAUUCGAAUUAGUUACAUAAUAAGUAGUUUUAAUAAAUGUCAUGAAUAGUAAUUCAUACUUUUCUUGAAGAUAGAAGUCUUGUUCGAAGUGUUCAAAUAAUGUUAUUACUUCGGCGACUUUUUCAUUUAUCAGCUACUGUUAAUUCAGCUAAAAGACAAGGAAUUAAGUUAUGUAAACUUAUUGAACCCAGAAAUAAAAAACGAUGGUACCCUACUCAAUCUAUGGACACUGAUAUAUUGCCAAGCAUUAAAAGUUUAACAAAGGUGCAGCAUGAACCUGGCAAACGAGGGGUCCGUCGAGUAGCAAUGUUAAAUAAGUUGUUUAUGAAACAAAUCACUGAUAUCAUGUCUACUGGCACUGUGGCCAUGGAUAUAGUUGGACGGGGAAUUGAAAUAUCUAAAGUCCAAGUCACGCCUAACAUGCAAACAGUAAAUGUGUUCUGGGUAUGUAAAGGCAACUCUUCGGAUGAGGAUACAGAAGCAGCGCUCAAUAAAGUAGCAGGAGGCCUGAGACAUGAAUUGUCUACUCUCAGGGUCAUGGGGGAAGUGCCUUACAUUACUUUUGUCAAAGAUAAACACGAGUCGCACGUGGCGGACCUGGACCGACGUUUGGCGGAGGCCGACUACGGCGAAGACUACACCCCCACCGAUGUCGGACACCUCAUCAAGUCAGAGUUCACGCUUGACACCAAACUGUCUCCGGAGAUGAAGGCAAAAAUAAAACAAUUAGAAGAAGAAGUGCCGAUCGUAGAUGAGCCUAUACCAGAGAUGACUCAAAACAUCUAUGGGCUGGAUCACGCCAAGAUCUUGAACCGGCUGCUAGCGGCCCGGAAGAGAAGCAAGGAGGCCUGGGUCACCCUGGAAGAGAGCCCUGUGGUGUCCUACAGGACUCCGGAAGAGAAAUCGUCUGCACCCGACGUGACUGAGCAGAGGAAGCAGUUGGCAGACUUUUUGCAGAAGAGACGGAUCAUGCAAAACAAAUUAAAUAAACAACUGCGCGACACUCGCUCGGUUUUGGAACCGAUUGACGACGACGAUGACUACGAGAAUGCUUACGAUGAAGACGACGAGGAAUAUUACGAAGAAGAGGAAGAGUAUGAAGAUUAUGAGGACACGAUCCGGUUUCAACCGGAUACAAGCGGUUUGAACUCGCGCGAUAGGACCACGGUGCAAUGAUGUUGUAGAAGUUAGUAAACGAUUUUGUUUGUU